CUCCGCGCGCACCGGAGAGACAGGGACCAAGACGCGCGCGACCUCUCCUCCUCCUCCUCUUUAUCACGUGCCCCGCUGUGUCAGGAGUGAUGCUCGCGCUCACCUUGACCUGCCGCGCGCUGCUCGUCUUCCUGCUGUCGGAGUCGGUCCGUCCUGACAGAGCGGCGCCUUUCCUAAUCUCGGAGAACAUGUGGCCUCGGGGGUGUGUCCUGGACUGCCACAGGGGGCGCCACAGAGCCGUGUGUGGCAGCAACGGCAGGCUGUAUAAAUCUGUGUGUGCCUUUCAGAGGGCUCAGUGUGUCAACAGCCAGCUCCGCCCAGCACCGCGGGCCCACUGCUCCGAUGCAGGCCAGUCUAAAUGCCAGCUGGCCCGUGCUCAGGCUCUGGAGGCCAGCGCCCACAGCAGCAGCAGCAGCCAUGUCAGCCCUGCGGCGGCCAUCUUUGUGCCAGAGUGCGGCCCAGACGGCCACUUCCUGCAGGUUCAGUGUCACAACCAGACCGGCUACUGCUGGUGCUCCACUCCUGACGGCAAACCAGUCAGCGGGACCUCAGUCCUCCACCUGACGCCCGACUGCACAGAUGCUCUCACCAAGAUGGCUCAGACCACUGAUGUGGAUUCAGCUCCAGUCAGAGAUGAGACAAGUGUACUGAGGCCCACGCUGGACCCCAGCAGACCUGCAGAGCUGACGGCUCCUCCGCUCUGGGUGACCAUCCUGCUGAACUCUGACCCCAAAGGGAACCGCUCGGUCCGACGACCCACCGACAGUCCGCAGACAUGUGAGCGGGAGCGAGCAUCACUGCUCUCUCAGAUGCGCUCCGCCUGGCAGGAGGAACGUUUUGUCCCAGAAUGCACCGCAGAUGGCCGCUACAACCCCGUGCAGUGUCACGUUGCCACGGGUUACUGCUGGUGCGUCAGAGCCGACACCGGCCGGCCGCUGCCAGGCACCUCCGCCAGGAAUCGCGUCCCAGAAUGCACUGGGGCAGAGGAGGCACAGACAGACAGGAGGUACAGAGAGAAGCCACUGCCUGGCUGCCCGGGCGCUCGUAAGAAGGAGUUCCUGCAGAGUUUGGUCAGAGCCUUGCAGCUGGAAGCAGAGCAUGCUGGGAAACUGAGUUCUCACCGGGCCUUACAGACGACUCCCUCCAACUCCACGUAUUCAUCCGCAGCUCCUCCAACCUCCUCCUCCUCCUCCUCCCCUCCUGCUGCUCCAGAGGCGGUGGACUCCUCUGGACCCGAGGCGGCGCUGCGCUGGCACUUUGCCCAGCUGGACGUGGACUCCAGCGGGGCUCUGAGCGAGCGCGAGGCUCGGCCGCUGCGGCAGUACCUCCGCCGGAGGCUGAGGCCGCGGCGCUGCGCCAAGAAGUUUGCUCAGUACUGUGACAGAGACGCAGACCGGAGCCUGACGCUGGAGGAGCUGAGGGUCUGCCUGGGCCUCUGAGAGUCUGAGCCACAAAGAGCAACAGGAGACAUUCACCUGAAGCCACAUGGUUCACCUCUCCUUCUAUUACCACUUGGUCAUCACCUUGAUCCCUACCUCCUUCCCUUGGUCUGUUCCUUCUCAUUCCCUGAAUCCUUACACCCUCCCUUAGUUUUUACCUCUUUCUAAUCUGUAGCUUAGUUUCUUACCAUCCCUACCUCAUUCCCUUGGUCUCUUCUUUCUAUAAAUCGUUAUUCCCUUACAUUGAGUCCUACCUCCUUCCCUUAAUCCCUAAAAACUUCCCUCAUUUCCCAUCACCUCUCCUCAUUCCCCACCUCCUUCCCUUAAUUUUCCCUUCCCUUGGUCCUUACAUCUUUCACUUUGUUCUUCUCUCUUUUAUUGACACCUACCUCCUACAGCCUUCUGCUUCCCCACAUACACGCUGUAUAUUUGUAGAUGUAUGGAUGCAUAUUUUCACAAUGUUUGAUGCAUA